GCUGUCACUUUUAAGACACUUUUUUAAAUGUAAAUAUUUGUGAAGAAAAAGUAAAGUUUUCGAAAACUGUCCUCUCCCUUCAAUUAGUUUUAGUAAUAGUAACAAUAUGCUAGCCAAAUAUAAAAACAUUAUUGUUUUAAUUUUACUAAAUUAUUUGACUUCAAAUUUAGGCCACAAAAUUCAAAUAUAUGGCCCUGGCCUACAACCUAAAAAUAUAGUUAUGCCGGCAAGAUAUUUCGUGGUUAACUUUACAUCUAUUGAAGAAAACUCAUAUUCAAGAGAUUUAAUCUCUAACUUUGCUGUAGAAAUAAGUGGAAAGUCUUUGAAAAACAAACAUUGUCGUGUUUGGGCAAAUAAUUUGGAUCGAAAAGAUGGGACUUUUAUAGUGCGGUAUAAAGUAUAUGAGACAUGUAUUGAAUUAUCAAUUAGCAUUUAUUAUAAAAACAAGCACAUACACGAUUCACCUUUUAAAUUUGAAGGUCCCAUACAACCAGACCAAUGUGUCUGCCCAGAAGAAGAUGUGAAUCAAUGGCUUAAACAAUAUCAAUGUCCUUCAUCCUAUGAUCAAAUUGAAAUGGAUCUAAAACCAUUUCAACAACUUUUAAUGAAGAAUCAAGUACAAAAAAUUAUUAAGAAUUACCAUAAACCUGAAAGUACAAGUUUUUGUCAUUAUGUUAUAAAAAAUAAUGAAAUAUAUAGAGACUGUUAUGGAAAACAUGUUGGAUUUAACAUGUUCGCUGAUAACAUUUUGCUAUCUUUAACAAGAAAAGUUGUAUUGCCUGAUAUGGAAUUAGUAAUAAAUCUCGGUGACUGGCCAUUAGUGCACAAGGAUACUGAACCACUUCCAAUCUUUUCAUGGUGUGGUAGUAAUGAAACACUAGACAUUGUCAUGCCUACCUAUGAUAUAACCGAAUCUGCUUUAGAGAACAUGGGGAGGGUCACAUUAGAUACUUUAUCAGUUCAAGGUAAUGUGGAACAUAAGUGGGAGGACAGAGAAAAUCGUGCAUUUUGGCGAGGGCGAGACUCCCGCGCUGAGAGAUUAAAACUCAUUGAUAUAGCAAGGGCUCAUCCCGACUUAUUAAAUGCUUCUCUCACAAAUUUCUUUUUUUUUCGUGAAAAAGAAGCAGAAUAUGGACCAAAGCUACCUCAUGUUUCUUUUUUCAAAUUUUUUGAUUACAAAUACCAAAUAAAUGUUGAUGGGACAGUUGCAGCUUAUAGAUUACCAUACCUUCUAUCUGGAGGUGCCUUAGUAUUGAAGCAAGAUUCACCAUACUAUGAACACUUUUAUGGCAAAUUAAAACCUUUUGAACAUUUUGUUCCAAUAAGAAGAGAUCUAUCAGAUUUACCAGAUAAAAUUAAUUGGGCUAGAGAAAAUGAUGACAAGGCACAUCAAAUUGCUCAAAAUGCACAAAUUUUUGCUAAUUACCAUUUAUUACCGCAGCACAUAAUAUGCUAUCAUGCUGUUCUCUUCUUGGAAUGGAGUAAAAGAAUUAAAGGUGAAGUAAAAGUGGGAAAAGAUAUGACACAUGUACCACAAACGAAAUUUGAAUGCCAAUGUGAUGCCAGUGUUAAAGUCAAACAUGAAGAAUUGUAAUAAUUAUCUCUAAAAAAUAAUUAGUUUGUAUAUUUACAUCAAAAUCUCAAUUAACUUGAUAGUCUAAAUUGAAUUUUAAAAAUUCCAUGUAUAUAUAUUU